AUGAUAACAUCGAAAAACAAUGAUAUUGGGAACCUGAUUGAACAGUUUCGUCAACGUGACACUCAUCAAAAGGAACGAAAAGCGAUUCUUGUGAGAAUCGAGGAAAUUCUUCAAAAUGUCAAUAAUUUGGAGGAUGCUAAUGUGAAAUGGAUGUAUGUUUUGGAUAGCGUAUGCUGGCCGGUCCUCACGAAAUUCGAUCGAUUCGAGUUUAAAACAUACGCUGGAAGAAUUCUGAGACAUAUUGGAACACUUCUCUUUGAUUCUACCGCUUAUCCAGAAUUCCUCAUUUGGCUCGGAACCCUCUAUCAGAGUUUACCGAAAAAAUCCGACGAAGUACGUGCAGACAUAGUUUAUUCCGUAUACUAUGUAGUGGGAGCUAUCAGUCAAAAAGCUGAAAAUCGACGGAUCUCUGAAUAUGAUGAAGAGCACGUCCGAAAAUCAUUGGAAUGGGUGAUUCAAGUUCUUCCAAAUGCAUCAAUAUCAGUACAUAAUCAAUGUUUAAAAGGAAUUGUUCUUGUUUCGAAUACAUUCCCAAAAGUUUCCAAUAAUUCAUUCGAGCCAAUAAUCAGUGCUAUUCUUACAAAUCUACCUGAUUUCAACAGUCAUGAGAAAAACUUCGAGCGUCUCAUCGACACAGUAACUCUGUUUUCCGAUCAAUUCUCGAAAAAUCUGGAAUUCUCUGAGGAAAUGGUGCGACUGAUCCGACCGGAUAUAAAAAAGAAUGGGUUACGAAAUCUGAAAGAGUUAAAGAAACGAAUAAAAUUGACGAUGGCUGUUGUGAAAAUGGCAAAAAGUCAACAGAUGCUCGAGGACACUAAUCAAAUGAUCUCUGAAUUGUCUGUCGAAUUCGAGGAAAAUGGUGGAAAGUGGUCAUCAGCCAGUCUCAUAACAGUCGUUUGUGACAUAUUUAAUGAGCUUCUCAUUAUUGGAAAAGACGAUGAAAAAAUGCGAAAAGGAGUUGAAGAAUCGUUGGGUCAUGUGUUAAAAGAUUUGAACUUGUCAAAACAGAAUACAAAAGAAAAACAAGCUUUUUUCAAUUCUUUAGCGAAGAUUGUCAAGCAACUUCCUGCUGAAUCUCCAAUCAAAACGAAAAUUCAUCAAAUUGUUUUCAAUCAGGAGACUGGUCUUUUUACUACAAAAAAUAAGGACAUUCGAAUUUUUGGACAUAACACCAUUUACAAAGACCUCGUCAAUUUGAUUUCUGUUCUUCUCACUCCAACUUCUCUAAAUCAUCUUCAAGCAACUUAUACCGACUUGAGAAAAGCAAUGAUGGCGAGUAUGUCACGUCUGAAACGUAGCGAAGAAAAACCGCAUAGUGAUAGUGUCAGAUGGCAUGAAUCAAUUCUCUUGCUCUUUUUCUCUGCACUACAAGGAAUAUCGUGUGCGAAGAGUUCACUCAUCGUGAUGAUGGGAAUUCGUCCGUCUAUUUUUGAAUUCUUUUCAACUGAAUUGCCACUGACGGAAUAUUGGCUUGCUUCAAACCAUCCAGAAGUUUACCAUCUUUUCGUUACCAUUCUUGUCGGACACUUGAAAGCCCAUGAUUUCUACAUUGCUCAAUCCGAUUAUCUUGUUCGUGGAGACAAUUCGAUCGGACAAAGUAUAGGACAGACAAAGCGAGAGUAUGCCAGAAAACAAGUCAUUGCUCUGCAGAAAAUUAUUGCGAACUUCGGAGAUAAAUUACUUAAAAGAACAAGAGUGUUGAUCUCCUCUUGGCUUCAUGGCCUUGUUCUCGCUGCUUCCGAUCAAAAAAUCGGUUCUGAAAGUUUCAGUCAAAGAGAAUGGGUUCGAUUGAGAAGUACGGUUGUCCAUCAAUCAGUCCUGAGCUGGAAUAACGAAAGUACUAAUCAAGCCUUGACUCUUCUUUCGGCAGCUACGAAAUGGCCAGAGCUCACUCUUGACAUCGACAGAGAUAUAACUGACAAAACGAAAAAAGCCAAGUGGAAAGAAGCAACAACGAUUUGGGAGGCAGGAGAUUGCAAGAUUUAUAUCAGACAAAGUAUGGCACCAAUCUACCAAAUGUGUCAGGAAAAACAACAGAAACUAAUAACAGCGACGAGUUUUGGAGCAGAAGAAUUCAAUAUUGUCACUAAUUUCUUGCUGAAACAGAUUGUUCCGAGUACUUUUAAAAAAGGAUCGUAUGUUUGGAUGGAUGAAGUGCUCGAAACAGUAAUUCAAGGAUGUCAGAGUAUUUCACAAGAGAAAACUGAAAACUUAUUGCCGGAAACAUUCAUGGAAAAGUGGGAUUGGAUUAUCAAUCAAACUGCCAACUUCUGCAUUGUCAACAAAAUGAAAACACCGUUGGGUAAACCAAUGCAGACAUUCGCAGCUUUUGAGAACGAACUGAAACGACUUGCAAAAGACGUUUUGAAUCGUAAGAACAAUGAAAAGAAGUCAAAAGACGAAACAAUUCCUCCGUCAUCUCCUCCAUUGAAAUAUUCUAUUCAAUGGCUCCGAGUAAAUCUUCUUUUGAAACUGAUUGAAGUUUUGGAAAAGUUAAUGAUUUCUGCUAUCUACGGAGGAUCUUCAGUAUUCAAUUUGACUGAAAUCCCAGUCACAUCUCGCCAAUUCUUCUCAAUGAACUCGGCAAGUUGUGAAGUUUGGCUCAAUCGAGUUUAUUAUCCAGCAUUGGUUGUUGCAUAUUUCAAUGGAUAUUAUGGAUUGGUUAUUCGUUUUGGAUCCAAUGCACUAACGCAUUAUGCAAAACAAAAGAGCUCAGAUGAGAAAGUUAUUGUAAAUGGGGUUUGUACGGCGUGUCUAAUGUCUUUAUCGAUGGCAGUUCUUGGUGAGCCAAUGGAAAUUGUUGGACUGAGAAGGAGAGUUCGAGAAGAAUUUGGAACAGAAAUGGGACAACAAUUGAUGGAAGCAUUGGGAGAAAUGGCACGGGCGAGAUACGAAAUCGCUUUGGCUGCUUUGGAAACAAUCCUUGUGACUGAUGCUAGUUUGAACGAGACGUUGAAAAUUAUUAUCCAAAUAGCGAUGACUGACAUGUUAAAUCGUAUUCGACUUCCAGAAGCAGUAGAUUAUUAUAAGACUACACUUUUUGGCAGUGAUCCAGAUGCACCGAUUACAGAAGAUUUCCGAUCAAUCGAAAUGCUCACCAAGUUCGAAAAAAUUAGCAAUGCCGUGAACGAGAAAAGACAAGUUGUUGAUUGGAGUGCUCGUGAACGUCUUCAAGUUGUUGAGUCGGCGUUUUCGCAAACAAUGAGAAGAACUGAGCUCCUCGAUCUCCAAAAAGAGCUCUCCGCUAUGGGAGCUCUCACAUUGAGCGCUGACACUUCAUGUAAACUAUAUUCCGAUAUCUCAUCCACUUCCAUCAUCGUUGCUAAUCUUGUCGAUCGAAUGACUGGAGUUUCACAGUGGAAAAAUCAAUUGACGGAUGGAGAAAUGUUUGAUAAAACAGAAGAAGGCAACGAAGGAGAUAAAUUAGCAAUAUGUCGAAAGCUGAUGCAUUGGGGACGACACAUAAAACAUUACCGAGGCCAAUCAAGUGCUGCACAUGGUGAGAUAAUACGUUUAUCUCGUAAAACUGACAAUUGUGAACUCGCAUUCUUCCACAUAAACUCAGUGAUUCGAGGAGACAAAUUGAAUGCGUGGCAACGUUUAGAAGUGGAAAGACAGCGACUGAAACUGGUAAAAUUACAAAAUCUUCCUGUUCGAAUUCGAGAGAUGAACGCAGUUUUCAAAUCGUUGGCUGAUGUUUUUAUGACUAGCAUGCAGCUGAAAUCGAAUUUCCAAUUUCAAGAUGUUUCUAUUAAAGAGAAAAUGUUAUCCGAAGGUUACUUGUCCGAAAUUGCGAAACGAGAAGAGCAUAUGAGCAGAGCCAGCAUUCAAAUUGCUGACUUUUUCCAAUCACUCCUCCCUGCAGUUGACAAUGUUCUCACUCCGAAUCUCUUUGAAACGAUGAUAUGGUCUGAAAUACACGCUCGCUCCAAUAACAUGGCGUGUGGAUAUCCUGGAAUCGUUGGUGCUCUAUUCCAUUUGGCGGCUGAAAUGUGUCCGACUCUGGCUAAGUCUCACCUGAAAUUGGCAAAAUGGGCAUAUGAGAUGGCUAAAAUAGAAAACUCACCUGAUAUAAAUCUGUGUACAAUCUACCAAUUCGGUCAGACUCCACAAGAAAAUGAGGAAUUGUGGAAGUGUUUGGAGGCUACGAGCCUUGUGAAUUUGGAGAAACAAGUCAGAAAAGUUAUUCCGGAUGUGAUGAGAGCCAAUGCUCUCAUUUCUCCAAACAGCCACUAUCUUCUCAUAUGGGAACGAACUAGCGCUCAUCGUAGAAAGUUCCUUUCGAUCACCGUCUCAUCGUAUUUCCAAUUCAUUCACAACAUGUCAGGAGAGUUUGACAACUUACCAUACUCGAAAAAGGAAGAGACAACACUUGCAACUCUGAGAAUUCUAGAGCUGCUGGUAAAGCAUGGAGAAGUUUUGAUUGAUGUAAUAAAUGAUGGAUUGAGUAAAACAAACGUUCAUGUUUGGAAAGAAAUUCUUCCACAACUAUUCGCCCGCCUAUCCCACCCAUCUGAACAUAUUCGCAAAACUCUUGUUGAUCUAAUUUCUCGUGUCUGCACUGCUGCACCACAUGCAGUCGUUUUUCAAGUUGUUUCUGGAGCAGCUUCAUCCACAGAAGUUGGUGAAGAACUUGAAGAACAACAGAAUGAUGAUCGUAACCGUGUUCGUGUUUGUUGUGAACAACUCGAAACAAAAAUGGCUCAAUCAUAUCCAAGUCUUGUCCGCGAUGUUCGUCUGUUUGUUGCAGAACUCGAGCGUAUCAAUUUAUUGAAUGAAGAAAAGUGGUCUGUGGUGUUGGGUACAAUGGAACAUGAAAUGGAGAAGAGAUUGGCGUUAAUAAAAUCUGAGAAUAUGAAGACUGAAAUGGCAAUGCACUUGAUGCCAGCUAUGAAGGAUGAGAUCAUUGAAAAUAAGACAAAGUUAUUAACCAGACAGAUCUUCGAUGUACUUGAUGAACUCUAUCAACAAACUAUUAUGGAACCGGCAAAAACUAAAAAUGAAGAGGAAUUUGUCACUGCAUUUAUUGAAAUCCUUUCGAACGCUCAUCACGAAUCCAAGAAAAAUCGCGCCAUGUCACCGGAACAAUCAUGGGCGCCAUUCAAAAAUCUUAUUGCGAAUUUCGUACAUAGAAACAUCAAAAAAGGAAUGCAACUGUUGAAAACUGCCGAUAUUUCUCCAUAUUUGGCGGCGCUCAGCAACUCAUGUGUCCCUAUGCCUGGCCAAGAAUCUGUCGAAUUUGAUAGAGUUGUUUCGAUUGCUCGUGUCUCAGAUCAAGUUACGAUUCUUCCUACCAAAACAAGACCAAAGAAACUCGGAUUUGUUGGAUCAGACGGAAAACAUGUUGCAUUCCUAUUCAAAGGCCGUGAGGAUCUUCAUCUCGAUGAGCGUGUUAUGCAAUUCCUUCGUUUAUGCAACGUCAUGCUUCAACCGGGAAAAUCGAAGAACCGCCAAAUUGCUGAAUAUCAAGCACAUCACUACGCAGUAAUUCCACUUGGACCACGUUCUGGAUUAAUCAAAUGGGUUGAAGGAGCAACUCCCAUUUUCCAUAUAUACAGGAAGUGGCAGAUGAAAGAGAAAGCGCUGAAACAGGCAACCAAAAAGAAUGGUGAGACAGUUCCUGAUAUAGAGAGGCCCAGCAAUAUGUAUCAUAACAUGAUGAGACAAGCAUUCACAGCUCAUAACAUCGACGCCACAAUUGCUUCUGAUCGUACGAAAUGGCCUGUCCACAUUGUCGAAGAAGUUUUCGAGGGCCUCAGCUCAAAAACACCCACAGAUUUGAUAAGCCGGGAACUGUGGAUGCGUGCAAGUGAUGCCACAUCGUGGUGGGCAGUGACCAAAAGAUAUGCAAGAUCAUUGGCUGUUAUGAGUAUGAUCGGAUCAGUUUUGGGACUCGGUGAUCGACAUUUGGAUAAUUUAUUAGUUGAUUUGAAAUAUGGACAUGUUGUCCAUAUUGAUUACAACAUCUGCUUUGACAAGGGAAAGAAUCUACGAAUCCCAGAAACAGUUCCAUUCCGUUUGUCUCGCAACAUGAGACACGCUCUCGGUCCGUCUGAAAUGUACGGAACAUUCCGUGAAUCGUGUGUUCAUGUUCUGUCAACUCUCCGUUCUGGUCAUCAAGUACUGACAAUGCUUCUUGAUGCAUUUGUAUUUGAUCCACUUGUUGAUUGGACAUCACACGAACAUACAUCAACAUCAGGAAUCUCAUUGGCACUUCAAUUAGCAGUUUAUGGAAGUAAUUGGAAAGCAAAAUCACGAGACAGAUUGACUGAUACAAUCGAGUUGUUCCAAUUGAGAAUGACAGAAAAUCAUUCACUUUGGAUGAAUAAUCGCGACGAUCUUCUCCGUUGGAUGAAACAAGUAACCGAAUGUCUUCUAAUGGAGAAGAAUUUGAUGGGUGCAAACGGAUUGUAUGCUCAACAACGUGUUCAAGCAGGAACAGAACUUCGCGAGGCUAUCACACGUCAUCAGACUCUCACGAAGGAAAUUCGUCCAUUGAUACGAGCAAUUGGAAAAGAAAGAGAGGAAUUCGCGGAUUACUUUAAGUUCUACAAGCAGGCGUUUAUAGAUCCACUGUUGAAAGGACAUUCGGCUCUCCGUCAUGAAGUGGAUGUUGAUACCUGUGUGCAUAAUUUCAAUAUAGUCAUGCAAAACAUCGAUGUUGUAUUUGUCUCUCUAAUAAGUCUAUCCUCAAUGCCAGUCGAAUCAAUAAUUUCUCGUGCUCCACAACCACAACAUUUCAAACCACCACCUGGUCUUGAAAAUGUAUGGGUUGUGAAACAGGAUCAACAAGAAAAUUCACAAGCUCGUGAAGUGGUUCGACGUGUCGAAAGACGACUAAACGGAUGGCUUGAUGGAUCAGCUCCUGAUCGGAAAUUGUCUCCGAGAGAAGAGGCUGAUGUUUUGAUCGCCGAAGCGACAUCCAACGCUAAUUUGGCACAAAUGUACGAAGGUUGGACUGCUUGGGUCUGA